UGCUGUUGGACGCCUACCCCUUGACAUGGACUACCUGGAGUUUAUCUGCUCUCAAGAAUUAGUCUUUUUAAGCGCUGUGUCCAAUUUAGUUACCAUCCCACCUGAUAUUUUCGAGGGCAUCACAGAACUGCUCAGACUAGUUCGACUAAACCUGUCAGAUGGGGAGACGCGCACUUCGACUAUUAUGCAGGAGUCAGGGUCGAUGGGACGACCACGUCUUCUAAUCUCACCAGACUACAUCACCAAUCUCCUGGACAUGAACUUUUCUGUUCCAACCAUUGCUUGCAUGAUUGGAGUAAGUACACGCACAGUUUUCAGACGAAUGGCUGAAUGUAACCUCUCCAUUCGGGCACGAUAUAGCACUCUCACCGACGAAGAGUUAGAUGAUUGUGUGACAGAUGUAAAGCAACACAUGCCUCAGUGUGGAUACAGAAUGAUGAGAGCAGCUUUAAAGGCGCGAGGACACCAAGUGCAGUUCGACCGGGUCAGGGCAGCAAUGCACCGAGUAGAUACAGUGGGAGAUGUGUCCCGAAUGGCACAGUUGGGCUGCGUGGUACGAAGGACCUAUUCAGUGUCAGGUCCUAGGUCAAUAAUGCGAAUUGACACCAACCAUAAACUGAUUCGCUACAAUAUAGUCAUCUUCGGGGGUGUGGAUGGCUUUUCACGCAAGAUAAUGUACCUUGGAGCUGCAUCUAAUAACCUUGCUAAAACCACCUUGGAUUUUUUUCAAGAAGCAGUGGAAACAUUUGGCUUCCCUCUCAGGGUACGAGGAGAUCAGGGUGUCGAAAAUGUGGACGUGGCCCGCCUGAUGUUCACAGUUCGUGGGACAGAACGAGGAAGCUUUAUUUCAGGAAAGAGCGUCCACAAUCAGCGUAUAGAGAGGUUGUGGAGAGACGUCUGGUCAUCAGUGACAAAUGUCUACUAUGAUGUUCUGCAUGCUUUGGAAGAAGGUGGCCACCUUGAUAUUUCUGACCUUACUCAUCUGUUCUGUUGCCACUAUGUAUUUCUCCCACGGCUUCAAGAUGAUCUCAACCUAUUCCGAAACACCUGGGACAAUCACCCAAUACGCACAGAGGGUAAUAUGUCUCCUAACCAGCUGUGGGUGAUGGGAAGUGUCCGCAAUGCUGUACCUGAGCCUGACAUAGAGGUAUGUUUGUGGAUUUUGACAGGAUUAAGCAUACCACAAAUAGACUGGGAGAGUAGUGGACUGAGUGUGGAUGCCCAUUCCAGUAUUGUCGUGCCUCAAACCGAAAGUCCCCUGACUGAUGAGCAAAUAGAAGCACUCAGAGAAAAUGUAGACCCAAAAGGACCUUCACAGACUUUUGGCUGGGACAUCUAUCUAGCUUCACUUCGUUUUUGCCAAUCGAUUAUGGAAUAAAUGUGAUUGUCAUCUGCUUUAAAGAGGCAGGCUUCUAGCAGAAACAAUUAAGAAAUAAUUAAUAUUUGUACUCAACAAUACGUUAAAA